GAUUAUAUGUCUUGUAGAAUUAAGCAAGAUGAAUUUUAUGCGCAACCAGCCAUAAUGCCUGAAGGAGAAUACAAAAUUGAUGAAUGGGAAAUUUUCAGAGUCACCGAAAGAGCUGAUCCAUCUCAAAGAGCUAUUCAAAAUACAUAUAGAAAUUAUAAUCGAGCAAAAUUUGAUCGAGAAAUAUAUAAACGAUCGAAAUUUGAUCGAAUUCCACCUCGAAUCUAUUCACCUGACCUGAACUAUUCAUAG